UCUCAAAUGUCUAGUUGUUAAAUAGGCAUAAAUUAUGUACAUCUGUCCUUUCAAGAUGUAUUGAUUUACUAGGUAUAAUAUUAAGAACCUUUAAACAUCACUAGUAGAGAAUAAAAUAUCUCGUAAUCACAUUAAAGAUGAAUCCAUUAUUGGUUUGGUCAAUAUUACUGUAAUUUUCUGUUUGUUGGUUUUUUGUUUUUCAAAACUAGACAUAUGUCAUAAUCUGUAUAAUGAAUAAAAAAUACUUAAUAAAAUCUUGAUCACCAUAUAUCUAUAAUGAAUCAAAAAUUGCUACAAUUGGUCCCAAUGGGUGUGGGAAAAGCACUUUGUUAAAAUAAAUUAUGGGUUUGGAGAAAUCUACUGCUGGUGAAGUUUAUAUUAGGGGAGCAAAAUGUCAUCCCAAAUUAUUUUGAGCAGAAUCAGGUAUAUUACCACUACCAGGACCUAGUUUAAGAAUUCCUUUCUUGUGCAUUUAGGUUUUUAUCCUUUUAGCACUAUAAAAGAUAUGCUUGAUAGGAAGGUCUCCUUUCUGAGUGGUGGAGAGAAGGUAGUAUUGUCAAAAUACUAAUCCUCAGCUCUGCCUGAGUGUUUUACUCAAUCUCUUCCAAUGUCAUUGGAAGGCUUACCACAUCAUUUUCUGCUUCUUCAGACUCGCUUGGCGUUCUGUAAAUUCAUGGUGAAAAAGUCAACUUUACUGGUUCUCAAUGAACCUACCAAUCACUUGGAUAUACCUACAAAGGAGAUGCUUGAGGAAGCUAUACAAGAGUAUGAAGGUACUGUCAUUACAGUUUCCCAUGAUCGGUAUCUUGUUCAUCAAAUAGUUAACAGAGUGAUUGAGGUGAAGGACGGAAAUCUACAAGAUUAUGUUGGGGACUACAAUUAUUAUUUAUAGAAGAAUCUCGAUGCAAGACAAAGAGAAUUGGAUUGUGAGGCAGAGCUUGAAGAGAAGAAUUCCAAAGUAAAAGCAAAAUCAAAGAUGUCCAAGGAAAUAUUAAGCUGGUGAUUAACGAAGUAUGUCUUAAAUUAUUUUCCUUUGCCAGAGACUGAUAUCUGUUCAACAGGCUGAGAAGGAGGCUCGGAAGAAACAGAAAAUGUUGGCUUCUCAGCAGGCAAAAGCAAAAGCAAAAUCUAAGGGGUUAAAGAACGCGAAGAGAUGGAAUUGAGAUGGUAUCCUCAGUAUUUUUAAUGAAGAUACCCUCAUUGUGAUCACUUUUGUUAAGGGGUAUAAAAAAGGGUAUCAAUCUUGAUCGUGUACAUAGCUUUAAAUUGAUGGUAAAUAUGUUCCUAGGGGUCUUUGUUUUGUGAUUCGAAAAGAAAUAACUCGUGAAGCUGUAAUGGGAAUAUAUAUAGCGAAGCUUUAUUUCAGUUUUCUGCAUACUUAGCUUAGAACUUGAGCAAACAGUCUAUAGAUUUUGUAAAUAGCAAUUUAAUAGCCCCUUAAUUAUGUGUUCUUUUUGGAUCCCUCCUCACACUCAGUCAAACAUGUGGGUAUUGUAUUCUAAUACUAUUGUUUAUGUCGCUGAAUGUCUAGAUUUGAAGAGCCUGUUCAAAUCAGAUGAUAGUAAUAAACUAAUGAGCUUCUUUAACAGUUUGAUACUCAUUUUUUUGCUGGUUA